AAAGAAUAAAAAAGCAAAACGACAAUUCAUUGUCAGGCUGUCAGUCAGUCUGCUCGCACCUCAUCCUCCAUUUUUCCAAAGUUCUAAAUCUUUAAGCUAUAAAAGGAAAAAAAAAUAACACAAGCACAACAAGAAAAUCUGAGAUAGAGAAUAUACUGAAUUUAAAAAUGGCUAUUUCUGAAAAGCCCUCCAAUUAUGGCACACUUCCAACUUCCACCCCACCACCCACCACAGCUCAUUCCGCGAGGAAACCCCCUCGUCCACCACCACCUGGUCCACUACCACCACAACCACACCGCCCCUCCACCACCUUCCUCUCAACAACCAGAUCCAACACGGCCACGCGCCGUCCAUGGCACGUGUUCUUCGACUACACCGUUUUCUCCCUUCCCUACAACUACUCCGAAGCCAUGUCGCGCGUGAGGCGCAACCUCAACUACUUCCGCGUGAACUACACCAUGGUAAUCCUCCUCAUUAUCUUCCUCAGCCUUAUAUACAACCCAAUCUCAAUGAUCGUCUUCUUAGUUGUAUCUAUAGCUUGGUUGUAUUACUUCAGUGAAGAGCCAAUUGUAAUAUUGGGGGCCCAUUUAGACGAUCGCCUUGUUUUGGUUGGUUUGGGUUUGGUUACUGUCAUUGCCUUGGCGUUUACUCAUGUGGGUCUCAAUGUUUUGGUUGCUUUGGUUAUUGGGUUUUGUGUUUUGGGCCUGCACGGGUCGUUAAGGGGAACUGAGGAUUUGUUCUUGGAUGAGAAUGAGGCUGCUGAAGGUGGCUUGCUUUCUGUUGUCAGUUGAGGAGGAACAAAUCAGCCCUAGUUAUAGAUAAAUGCAUUUUUCUGAAAGAAGAGAUUUUGUUAAUUAUUCUUGGAUUACAUUGGUGAAGUAGUGGUUGCAAAAGUGUAACAUGUCAAGGAACAUUUCCAAUUUGAAAAGAUUGGAUUUUUCUUGGAGGGGUCUGCCUAUAGAUAGGCAAAGGCCUAUCUUUUACUACUGUGGGUUCUGAAUUUGCAACUGGUUUUAAGUGAUGUCGAUGUUUAUUCCACUCUAGUCAGGCUGCUAUCCAUAUCUAAGGGUCACUUUCCAGACCAAAACAUAUCACUUCAUUUGCUCAUGGUUCAUGCAUGUAUCUGUGUGAUCGCGUUUAUAAAAUCUGGUUGUCACGGCAGUUAGCAACUUGAACUGGAAAAAGAAAGAAUAAGUUGCUCUUUCCUUUUAGAUAUCAUAAACUUGACAGAUCCUUAUCAAAAAAAUCAUAGACAUGAUAGCUCAUAGCUGAAAAUUCCAAGGUGUAUGCAACAAACUAGGGAAAUUUCUUCUUGUGAUAGCCUUUCAAGUGUUUUUAACCUUAUUUGUUUGUAACUUUGUAUUUAAGCUAUUCACACUCAGGGGAAGCUGACCUGAAUACAGUUGAGAAAGAAAUCAAAUCCUUUUGCUGUUUAUGCU